AAGAGGCAGGCCGACGCGUCUGGGAACUCAAGCCACUGAGCUCUCCGACUUUUCCACUGGACCAUCUCACUCUCCAUCAUUUCACAGUCGGGGUGUCUACAACAAAGGCUUUAACCUUUUCCGUUCUUCGAAUCAAACCAGAGAAUACUGAAAACCUCUUCCGUAGAUUCAUUCAUGUGCUGCUGAGCCAGGGAGCGAAAAUGAAGAGCAGGCUGUCUCUGGCGGCGGCGGCCCUCCUCGCAGCGCUGCUGUCCUCCACUCAGGCCCAGACAUCAGAUGCCCAGUGUAAAACCACAGCCAAGGCCGACAUCGUGCUGCUGGUGGACGGCUCGUGGAGCAUCGGCCGUCUGAACUUCAAAACCAUCCGGGCCUUUAUUGGCCGCAUGGUCGGCGUCUUCGAAAUCGGCCCUGACAGAGUCCAGAUCGGUCUGACUCAGUACAGCGGAGACCCCAAAACUGAGUGGCACCUCAACGCCCAUGCGACUCGGGAUUCCCUGCUGGAGGCCAUCGUCAACCUGCCGUACAAAGGAGGAAACACCAUGACAGGAAGGGCUCUGAACUACAUCCUCCAGAACAACUUCAAAGCCAACGUGGGAAUGCGUCCAGACUCUCGUAAAAUCGGUGUCCUCAUCACCGAUGGAAGGUCCCAGGACGAGAUUGUCCUCAGCUCCCAGAGGCUGAGAGACCAGGGCAUCGAGCUCUACGCCAUCGGUGUGAAGAGUGCUAGCAAGAAAGAGCUGAGGUCCAUCGCCACCGACCCCGACGAAAUUCACAUGUACAACGUCAGAGACUUCGCCUUCCUCCUGGACAUGGUCGAUGACCUCACCAUCAACCUCUGCAACAGCGUCAAGGGCCCAGGUGGCGAACUGGAGGCGCCCACUGACCUGGUGACCUCAGAUCUGACCCACCACUCCUUCAGCGUCAACUGGACGGCGCCCGGCGGCCCCGUGGAGAAGUUCCGCGUCACGUACAUGAUAGCAGCCGGAGGACCCACCCUGCAGGUGCUGGUGAACGGGACGGUGAACACCGUGGUGCUGGACAACCUGAAGCCUCUGACGCAGUACGUGGUCAACGUGUUCGCUGUGGUGGGCGAGAACAGCAGCCCGCCGCUGACGGGCACCGAGAUCACAUCUGGAGACCUGAGAAUCACCAAUGUGACCCACAGCACCAUGAACCUCAACUGGGACGCUGCGCCUGGAGACGUCCUCAAGUACAUCAUCGGCUACACUCCAGAGGACGGGGAUGGAAAACAGGUUGAGGUGAACGGAGAAGUCACCACCCUCUCCUUGUCCAGACUCAUCUCCCAGACCGAGUACGACGUGACCAUCACGCCCGUCUAUACCGAGGGACCCGGGACUGUGAUGGCUGGACAGGCAAUCACAGGUGUUGUUCCUGCCCCCAAGAACCUGCAGUUCUCUGAGGUGACCCAGACCUCCUUCAGAGCCACGUGGGAGCACGGCGCCUGGGACGUUGCCCUCUACCGCAUCGGCUGGACCAAAAACGGCGAGCAAAUCUUCCAAUAUGCGAUCCUGAACGAGGACGAAACCACCCAUGUUCUGGAGGACUUGGAGCCCGACACCCUGUACGAUGUCACUGUGACGGCCAUCUACCCGGACGAGUCCGAGAGCGAAGACUUGAUUGGAAGCCAGCGCACAUAGGUUCAGUCACCGAGCGGCUGAUCACCCCGCCGCCUCUUCUGAUGACACGGACCGGAGUUUGGCCUCAAACACAGGAGGAUUCAGAGAGCCGCUGCAGAACGAGCGUUAUUCACCUGCAAACGUCACGAGAUGGGGAGCGGUGACGUAAAGAGAGUCCCGUCCAGCCAACACAUGACGGCUUUUAUUACAAAACGAGACAUCCUGUUUCCAAGGAGUUUCAUUCAGAUUUUCUCGACUUUAGUCCUGCACUGCUGUUUGUUUGUUUGUUUUACCAUUUAAUUACAAUCAUUGUGUGCAGUGAUUGUGUUAUUGUUGUAUUUCUCACCAUUAUAACACCCAAUAAUGUCCUUCACUUAAGCAUUAA